GGCCCCCGCGGGAGGUCUCUGGGUCUCCGCUCGUUCCCCGGGUCCGGACCGCAGGUGCGCGCCUGCUCCCGGCCGCGGGCUGCCAUGGCCCCCAGCCACCUGUCGGUGCGGGAGAUGAGGGAGGACGAGAAGGCCCUGGUGCUGGAGAUGCUGAAGGCUGGUGUGAAGGACACGGAGAACCGAGUGGCCCUGCACGCCCUGACGCGGCCGCCCACCCUGCUGCUCCUGGCGGCGGCCAGCAGCGGCCUGCGCUUCGUCCUGGCCUCCUUCGCUCUGGCCCUCCUGCUGCCUGUGCUCCUGGCCGUGGUGGCCCUGAAGCUGGGCCUGCGGGCCCGGUGGGGCUCGCUGCCUCCGCCGGGCGGCCUCGGGGGGCCCUGGGUGGCAGUGCGCGGCUCAGGGGAUGUGUGCGGGGUCCUGGCCCUGGCUCCGGGCUCCCACACCGGGGACGGGGCCCGGGUCACCCGCCUCUCCGUCUCCCGCUGGCACCGCCGCCAAGGUGUGGGCAGGCGGCUGCUGGCCUUUGCAGAGUCCCGGGCACGUGCCUGGGCAGGGGGCGUGGGGGAGCCCCGGGCCCGCCUCGUGGUCCCCGUGGCUGUGGCGGCCUGGGGCGUGGCCGGGAUGCUGGAGGGCUGUGGCUACCAGGCAGCAGGGAGCUGGGGCUGCAUGGGCUACACACUGGUGAGGGAGUUCAGCAAGGACCUGUGACUCCAGCCUGACCACCCACUAUGUGCGUGACCACCUACUGUGCGCGGGCACUUCCACAUCCUCCCUGUGCGAAUCCCCAGCCCACCCAGGGCCCAGGAGCUCAGGCCUGCGGAGGCCCAUGUGUGGUGUGUGAACUGAGAGGGCGGCCUGCCCCGCCUCCUGCCUCCGUCUGCGCGGAGAACCCUCCCGCCUGUCUCUCACUGCAAGGUCUGCACCUCCCCAGCCCCCGGCCUGGGAGCGACUGACUCAGCUGGAGGAGAGGAAGCUGAACAAGUUUGACCCCCAAGAUUUAGGACUCGGAACAGGGGCCCCCCACCUAGGGCCGAGGCCCCUGCAAAUGGGGUGGGGUUUGAUGCCUGUGCUUGAAGGGGGGUGAGUCUGGAGUCAGGCGCUGAGCGGAGACUUGCCUUGCCGGGGAGCCGUCUCCUGGAGAGGCUGCGAGGAGGAGGCAGCGGACGCAGCGCAGCCCAGCGCCCGCACCCCCCCCCCCCCUGGGGAAGGUGGGAGCGAGGGCCGAAGCCCCAUCUGGUUUUUUACGCCGGUUGUUAAUAAA